GCAGCAACCCCUCCCUUGGUGCUGCCAGCAGCUCCCUCAGGUGCCUUCUCAGGGAUGACCUUGUGGGCACGCCCGGCAUCCCAGGAUAUAUAACCUGGCCCAGGAGGGAACCAGCCCAGAGAGGCAGCCCCAGAGAGGUCAUUCCAAGAUGAAAGCUCUCCCUGUGCUCCUGCUGGGAGCACUCCUGUGCCUGGACUCAGGUUCAUCUUUGCAAUGCUACAGCUGCUCAUCCCAGCUCAGCAACUCCAAGUGCAUGACGAAGAAGGACUGUGGCGAGAAGGAUACGUGCAGGACAGAAGUGAUCCGGAUCGUGGGGCUCUUCAGCAUCAUCAGCAAGGGAUGUGACUCCUCGUGUGAGGCAACCUACCAGGACUUCAACGUGGGCAACAGGAACAUCUCCUGCUGCAGCAGCGACCUCUGCAACAUCAACGCCGCGGGCAGCGUCAGGUCCAGCUACGGGCUGGCCGGAGGGGUAGCGGCCGGAGUGCUCUGGACCGUCCUCAACAGCAAAUUUUGAGGAGCAAAGAUGCCUCCCAUGACCACAGAAAUCCUUGGAGCACCCCUCUAAUAAAUAACAGGAAUAGUAACCAGGAGCAGUGGGGUGUGUUGGGCACCCAGCAGCCUGGGAGCUGAUGGCAGCUCUUUGCCGUAUGAUGGCUUCUGCUUUAAUCUUAUUGCAAAGCUCGAGUGCUACCAGAUAAGGAAAUGUGUGCUGAUGUUAACUGCAGAACACCUAAAAUAAAGUUAU